AUGUUUAUGUUGAGCUAUUCAUGGAGCUACGCGUUUGGAGACAUUCUGGAUACACUUGUUGACUUUUGCAGAUCGCAGGAGCUGGAUCCAAAGCGUACAUAUGUCUGGAUCUGCUGCCUAUGCGUUAACCAGCACCGGGUGGUGCAACAGAGCAAGACGGAACAAUCUGGAAUGCUUGCCCCAACAGUUAACUUCUUUGCCGAAUUUGGGCAACGCGUGGCACGGAUUGGGCAUCUCUUGGCCAUGAUGUCUCCUUGGCAGAAUCCUACAUAUUUGAAACGCGUCUGGUGCAUUUUCGAACUAUACACUUCUCAUAUUGAAGGUUGUGAGGUAACAGUUGUAAUGCCUCCCUCUGAGAAGAAGGCCCUCGAAGAAGACCUGUUUGGUGAGAGUGGCAAUAUCAAGGUUUUCUAUGACGUGCUCUCGAAGACAAAAGUGGAAGAUGCUCAGGCAUCCGUUGAGAAAGACCGAAUUGCAAUCCUGGAAAUGAUCAAAGAGAAGCCGGGAUACCAUGUUCUGAAUGACCGCCUCAAUGCAUUACUAUGUGGGUGGAUUCGUCGUGUUACUGUAGAGGUAAUCAAGAUGCGACAAGAGGCGUUCCAGAAUCAUGGGAACGAGCUAUCUUACGAGCAACUCAACCAACUGAGAAGCGGAAGGCAUGAUGCUGCCCACCGAAUGCUUCAAAACAUGUACACCCUUCGCCUACAGCCUGAGUCCGGCAGUGAGUGA